UAUAGAAGUCUUGGACCUGGUUGAAGACUUGGCUUGAUUUUAACCCAACCCUAGGUUGGGCCAAUAAGGGGGUUCGACUUAUAGAAGUCUCGGACCUGUUUCAAGGAUUGGCUUGAUUUUGGCUCAAACCCUUAGAUUAGGCUAAUAAAAGAGUCUGACUUUUAGAAGUCUCUGACCUGUUUCAAGACUUUGCUUGACUUCAGCCCCAACCCCUAAGUUGCGCCAAUAAGGGGGUCUGACUUAUAGAUGUCUCGGACCUUUUUCUAGGCUUGGCUUGAUUUUAGCCCCAACCACUAGGUUGGGCCAAUAAGAGGGUCCGACUUAUAGAUGUCUCAGAUGUGUUUCAAGACUUGGUUUUAUUUUGGCCCUAACCCCUAGAUUGGGCCUAUAAGAGGUCUGACUUAUAGAAGUCUCGGACCUGUUUCAAAAGUUAGCUUCAUUUUGGCCCAAAUCCCUAGGUUGGGCUAUUAAGGGGGUUUGACUUAUAGAAGUCUCAGACCUGUUUCAAGGCUUGGCUUGAUUUUGUCCCCAACCCCUAGGUUUGGCCAAUAAGGGGGUUCGACUUAUAGAAGUCUUGGACUUGUUUGGCUGCCAUUUUUCAUAAAGAAGUUGAACAAUAUUUCUCAGGAUGAACAACAUAUGUCAGAGCAUUUAUGGUAUUUUAAAUGCUUAAUUACCCAAUCAUUUUCAACACUUUUUCAAAAAAUCUUCUUAUGAGAAAAAAUCUUCAAGCAAAUUUCUAGAGAGAAACGCUCUGACAUUUAGAGAUUUUUCUAACAAUCCACAUUCAUACUUGGUGAAAGUUCAAACUGAGUAUGCCUUAAUUCUUGUUUAUGUCCUCAUUGUUCUUAAUUUUUGUUUAACCUUCAAUUAAUUAUGGUUGAUCUUCAAGGGAUUUCGUAAUUUUUCAUCUUUUUGAUCUUUAUUUACUCCUUAACAACUCCAACUGUUGUUUAAUUUAACACACCAAAUUGUGUAAUGGAGACGUCUAACAAAGAUGCUUUAUGAAAUUAAAUGACUCAACUUCAAAUAAUUAUAGAGACUGAUAUUAGUACCUCUAAAAGGAAAAGAGUAGAAUCAGACGAAUCGGAUGGUGACGGCCAUAGCUAUCAGGUGACUCCACACUAUGAAUCAAUUUCGAGUGAUGAUGAGUCACACACUUCACCCAUUUAUCCCUCGAAAAAACAAGUUCCUUUCCCUUGGGAAGUAUCUUUAGCAUUUGUUCCGGGAUACUCUGGAUUUGAUCCUAAACUUUUGGAGGUGGUAUAUGUACAUAAGAAGAUUUCGGACAACGAAUGUUCCUCGAGCUGAGAUAGUGCCGAAGAUCUUCCCCAUCCAUUUUACAUUCGUAAUGGAGGACCUUUAAAUUAUUUUAUCGAUAUCCCAACCAUGCAUCUACUAGAUAGUGAUCGACGAAGUAUGGCGAGGAGAUGGGGUUUAUUGGAUGGUUAUGAUGUCAUUAAACCUGGGUUGUAUGAUACGGUCAGGUAUCCUCCUCCUGGUUGUACAGCAGUUUACGAUCCGGCUUUUGACUUGAAUAUGAGGUUUCCUUUACACCCUUUCAUCCGAUAAAUUUUAAACAUAACGGUGACAGAGCUAUAUCCAAAUGCUUGGGGGUGUAUGAAUGCCUUCAUUUUGAUUAGUAAGGUUAUGGGGUUGAGAUCUAGUCUUAUAGCCUUUCGCCAUAUUUUUAGGGCGAGUUUGUAACUCCCAAAAUCACGGUGCUGGUUGGAUUACUUUUUCACACAAAAGAUCUUUUAAAAUUGUGGGGUAAUUACCAGACAGCCAAAAGGGUUUUCAGACAAAAUUUGCAUUCUUGUACCAUAGUCAAGGAUAUAAUUGCAAGACAAUUUAUGAUAUUGACCCAAAGUUGGAGAAAUUCAAUAACUCGGUUUCCAUCUGUACCCAUGAAGAGGCAAAAAUCGUUGGAUAUGCUUAGAUGACCAUCGAACUGGUUCGAAAACCAGUCAAUGUGCAAAGAAAUUGGAUUCCCCGAAAAGGGGAGUUCAAAAACAAAUUCCUUAUAUCUGCUUAUGACAUUAGCUUGAAGGUUGAUAAGAGGAUUGCAAGAAAUGAAUUGCACAACCAUUACAAGGAGUUGAUGGCUAAGUUCACUGCAAUGAGAGCUAUGCCUGAGGCUUUAAGAACAACCAAUCCACAACCCUCUCUCCCGAAGCCGCCAAAGGAAUCCGCCACGGUGACGGAGGGUAUUGAAGAGGCCCUGAGCCAUGACGAGGCUCGGGUGCUGCUGGAAAAGAGGAAGGAAAUUUCUUCCCCUGAUGAAUUGUCAAGCAGGGCUGAACCCGCUACAAAGAAGAGGAAGAAGGUCAAGGCCAAAACUGCUGAACCCACACUGGAAAUCCCGAUAGUUUUUGAAGAUGAAAAUGAAGAUGAGGUAUCUUCUGAGUGUAUUGAAGCUAUUUAUGAUGAUGUUCCCAUACAGUAAAGCGUGCAUGGCAUCAAGAUCAAGUAUGUUUCAUCUGCCGGUUCUGCACCCGUUUUGGAGAAACCUUCCUCGUCGGACAGGAAGGGUAAAAGGAUCCUCGAAGAAGAGGCCGAGGUUACACUAGGAACAUUAGGACUCACAAGCCCGAUGUUCCCUUUGUAAACCUGAGCCAUCAAGACAUCGUUGUGCGCUUCAACAAGGCAACUCGAUGCUGAUUAAUUAAAGCCGAUAUAGAGUACCUCGACUGUCGACUCUAUAGAUCCGGCUCUAAGGAUGGAGCAAGCUCAAAAGACGCUGGUUGAGGUACAUCUUGAUCUCUCGGUUUUCUUCAUUUAUUCAGAUAGUAAGCUAAUCUUGGUAAUUUUAGGGCUGCUGAGGAUGAUCUUUGGGACAGCCAAGGUGCAGCAGAAUGAGGUUCACCAAAAAACAAUCCGAACUCUAACUUCCCGGAUUGUUGAGCAAAAUGAUAAAAUCACUAAAAUGACACGAAAGUCGGAGGGACAUUCACAGGUUGUCAAAAAAGCUUCAAGGCAAGUUGGACAAAUGCAAGGAGCUCUCGGAACGCCUUGAACUUGCUGAGAGGUAGAGAUUGCGAUUAUAAGAAGUGCUGCAGAAUGCUGGAAUGAUUCUUAAAGACUCGGCAUGAAUCGCAGUCAACAUCGCUCAUGAUGUUGCGAUCUUGUAAGAUGAACAGGACCAAGAAGUAGUUAAAUCUAACCAUCUCACUCAGCUUCUUGACGAUGAAAAAGAUAAGAUGAGGAAGGUGUUGGAGGCAGUAAAAGUUCAAAAGUUGCAUACGGGUAGGCGUAGCAGGAUCGCCAAAGAUUGGCUAGCCUCCGAUGAUGGCAGUGAAUUUAUGAGAAAUGGUCAACAAUGGAAUUCUUCUGGAGGCUAAAGCACAUAUGUUGGCUGCUACGGAGCUUGGCUAUGACGUGGAGAAACUUGCCUCCCUAGCUAAGGAGAAAAAAAGGGCCGAUGCUUUUUCUGAUCUGACGCACGUUUUUUCUUAGGAAUCAGCAACGAUGAACGACGCGUCUUGGGAUGCCGAUGAGCAAAAGCGGUGGUUCGAGAAGGUUGACGCUGAAAAAGAAAAGCAAGCCUUGGAAUUGGAUUUUGAUUUAAUAUCUUUUGAGGCUCCAGAUGUGUCUGUAGCUUCUGGGAGGAACACUUUCUCUGCUUUGGAGAUGAAGUGUUUCGACUUGACUAAUGCACUGACGGUCACAAAACAAACCUUCUCAGACCAAGCCAUAUGGAAUUGGAUGCUCGCAAAACUUUGAUGAUUGAUCUUGAUGAAUUGCUUCGCUUCACACCGUCCCCUCAAUGCAAAUUUCCAACUCCAGAAUCAUGCGCCGAUGAGGCAGCUCAACCUUAAUUUCUAAUGAACAUUCGCGGGCCUUAGUGCCUUGUAUUGAACAACUAAAAUUUUUUGAUGGUUGGCCUUUGCGCCAUGUAAUUAACAAUUUAUUUUAAGCGAGAUGUUUUAUACACCUUGCUAGUUUUGAAAUGUCUACUAUAUAGGGAUGUUAAGC